GCGUUGUUUGAAUCGUGGCUUGUCACCUUGAAUUCCUCAACGAUCUGCCACGGAUCUACCAAGAUGCCAACAAGGCAAUUGCGCCCUCUGGGUAAUAUUACCUUUUGGCGAUGUUUACAUGUACCUGCGGAAGCACGAGCGCACCCACAGCAACCCAGCAUUCCUACAUACUCCUUCGCAGAUAUUGAACAGAAAUGGUUAUCGAAACCUUUUAUUGUCGCCCCUUCUCGCACCACUCCCAGAAAAGACAAGUUCUAUGUUCUUUCAAUGUUUCCUUAUCCGUCUGGCGAUCUUCACAUGGGUCAUGUACGAGUGUAUACAAUUGCGGACGUCAUUGCUCGCUUCAAGACAAUACAAGGCUUUCAGGUGCUACAUCCAAUGGGAUGGGACGCUUUCGGACUACCGGCGGAAAAUGCUGCUAUCGACCAUGGUGUACAUCCACGCAGCUGGACGGAUAGUAACAUUAAGCGAAUGAAACUUAACAUGCGGAUUAUGGGAACAUCAUUCGACUGGAGUAGGGAGCUGUCAACAUGUAAUCCCUCCUACUACAGAUGGACCCAGCACCUCUUUCUGCGUCUAUAUCGGGCUGGAUUGGUAUAUCAGAAGGAGGCGGUCGUCAACUGGGAUCCUGUCGACCAAACAGUACUGGCCAAUGAGCAGGUAGAUGCAUCCGGACGUGCAGAGCGGUCAGGCGCGUUGGUAGAGAAGCGAAAAUUGAAACAGUGGUUUCUCCGAAUAACUGCCUUUGCCGAUGAACUCCUGCGUGAUCUUGAUCAUCUUGAUUGGCCAUCAAACGUAAAACAACUGCAAGCGAAUUGGAUUAGGCGAAUAGAAGGGGUGGAGUUUGAUAUGACGCUACAGUCCGAGGGGGCGAAAUCGCCAUUAAAGAAGAUUUCGGCGUUCACUACAAAUCCAGAAAGCAUUGGUGGCUCAGCUUACAUCGCCGUUGGCACUGGUCAUCCCUUGAUUAGCGAGCAUCACUUGCCUGGAGCUCACGUAGAAACAGUGCAGAAAGCGGCGCUGUCAAUGUCUGGCGCCCACGCAAUGCAACCGCAUCUGAAUGGCGUUUUCACUGGCGUUUAUGCAUUACAUCCGCAAACAUGUAAACAAUUACCUGUAUACGUAGCCGAUUACGUUGAGGCAGAUGAUAUGGCGAGAUUGGGUAAUCCCGCAUAUGAUGAACGCGACCGAGAGUUUGCGAAUAAGUACGGAAUUCCGUAUUCGUCAACGCAGCCAUCGGAUCAGGAUGCCUGGGAGGAAUUAGUUCGCGCUGGCCUACUCCGAAAGAAGAUCAAUUACAAGUUGCGCGACUGGCUAAUCUCUCGACAACGCUAUUGGGGUACCCCUAUUCCCAUUGUUCAUUGUCCCACUUGUGGGGCAGUACCGGUACCAGAUGACCAGCUCCCAGCUCUGCUAUCUGAAGGCAUCAACCUAUCUUCUCGCGGAGUGGCUUCUUCACCUGAUGUGAUAGAGCGAUCUAAAUGUGAAUGCCCGCGGUGUAAGAAUGCGAACGCCUACAGGGACCUCGAUACUAUGGAUACGUUUGUGGAUUCGGCCUGGUAUUGGUUGCGGUACUGCGAUCCAGAUAACACGGCGGAAUUGGCGUCAGGAGCUUUAGCGAAGACACUGCUGCCGGUGGACGUGUAUGUUGGAGGUGUAGAGCAUUCCAUCAUGCAUCUCUUGUAUGCCCGUUUCAUUGGAAAGUUUCUUCAACGUGAAGGAAUUGUAGAUAUGCCAAAUGGUGAGCCGUUCCUUAGGUUAUUGACCCAAGGAAUGGUGCAAGGCCGAACGUACCGAGAACCUCGGACUGAGCGUUAUUUAAAAAAGGACGAAUUGGAUUUGUCGGUCCUCGACCGACCUAUUAUUAAGAAAACUGGUGAGGAGCCGCUGGUUUCCUGGGAAAAGAUGAGCAAGUCCAAAUUCAACGGAGUGGAUCCCUCGGUAAUCAUUAACCAACAUGGGACCGACGCGACGCGUUUGUACGUGCUGUAUAAGGCUGCACCUCAAGAUGAGUUAGCGUGGGAUGAUAAGGCAGUGGUAGGAAUGGAAAGAUGGUUGGCACGAGUAUGGAAAUUGGUUCAUGAAACCGUACGGGCACCAAGGCAUGGUGCAGGAAACGGCAUUGGAACUGAUUUCAACGAGACGCAAUUAAAAGUGGCAACUCAUACAGCUGUGGAAGAAGUAACCACGGCCUUGACCACCACGUAUGGGUUCCACGUGGCGAUCGCAUCUCUCAUCAAGUUGACUCACACGAUUGAACAAUUCGCAAUCGUACACAACCAGGGGGAGACGUCAAUCUCAGCCUUGGAAGAAUCCCUUUCGAUAUUAGUUCGAAUGUUAGCCCCUUUCGCACCUUGUAUCGCCGAAGAACUUUGGCAUGUUUUGCAGAAAGCGACUGCGGAAGAGUCUGUGUUCCAAGCACGAUGGCCGGAGGUUGACCAUGAUGUACUUAAGAAGAGAUCCGUCGUGUGCGCAAUAAUGGUGAAUGGAAAAACACGUGGGACCAUCGAAGUUCCGGAGACUGCACUGUCAGAUACCACCUUGCUAGAGCGGCUGGCGCGAGAGUCAAAUGUUGGAGCGACCUGGUUGGUAGAUAAAAAGAACGGAAAAGCGAAGAUGGUAGACAGGGUAGUGGUUGGGAAGGCAGGUAAAAGCGGAAAGGGGCGGGUGAUAAGUUUUGUGCUCAAGAAAUAAGCGAGGUUUGCAGCCCAGGGUAGGAGCCCUCAUUUACAGAAAAACUUAUAUUAACGGGCACACAACUGCGACGCUCUAUCUAGAAAAUGGCUAUUUAAUUCUUCUC